GGCGCUUCCAAGAUGGCGGCCUCCUUGUGUCAGUGUUACCAGCUGUGUGUAAGGAGAAGCUCCGCGCUGGUCUUGUCUGGUCAUUACUCCUCGCUGUACCCCAGAGCUCAUGUCUUCAGGAUAUGUGGAGCUCCGGCCGCCGCCGCAGCACAGGUCAGGUUUAUGUCCAGCGGUGGCGGCAGGAAGGGUUUUCUGGGAGAGUUUCUGGAUAAUCUGAAGCAGGAACUGAGCAAGAACAAAGAGAUGAAGGAGAACAUCAAGAAGUUUCGAGAGGAGGCCAAAAAACUGGAGGAAUCUGAAGCCCUCAAACAGGCCAGGAGGAAAUAUAAAACCAUCGAGUCUGAAACGGUGAAAACGUCGGAAGUGUUGAAGAAAACUCUCGGCUCUCUGUCAGAUACGGUGAAAGAGGGUUUGGAAGAAGUCGGACGAACAGACAUCGGGAAGAAAAUCAAAGAAGGAGUCGAGGAAGCGGCUAAAUCGGCUAAACAGUCUGCAGAGACGGUGACAAAAGGAGGAGAGAAACUGGGGAAGACUGGAGCGUUUCGCGCUAUUUCACAGGGUGUUGAGAGUGUGAAGAAGGAGAUUGGAGACCUGGGUCAGAUGGGUCCGUAUCGGCCGCCCAGCAGACUCAGAAAGAGGACAGAGUUCUCAUCCAAAGCCGGAGCAGCAGAAGACAAAGUGUUUGAGGCCAAUGAGGAGGCGAUGGGUGUUGUGCUACACAAGGACUCCAAAUGGUAUCAGCAGUGGAAAGACUUCAAGGACAACAAUGUAGUUUUCAACAGAUUCUUCGAGAUGAAGAUGAAGUACGAUGAGAGCGACAACGCCUUCAUCAGAGCGUCACGAGCCGUCACCGACAAAAUGACAGACAUCAUCGGCGGUCUGUUCUCUAAAACGGAGAUGUCUGAAGUUCUGACUGAGAUCCUGAAGGUGGACCCGAGCUUCGACAAGGACUCUUUCCUGAAGCAGUGCGAGAAAGACAUCAUUCCCAACAUCCUGGAGGCCAUGAUUCAGGGGGAGCUGGAUGUGCUGAAGGACUGGUGCUACGAGGCUACGUACAGUCAGCUGGCUCAUCCAAUCCAACAGGCCAAAGCGAUGGGGCUUCAGUUUCACUCCAAGAUCCUGGACAUUGAUAAUAUUGACCUCGCGAUGGGGAAAAUGAUGGAGCAGGGUCCGGUUCUCAUCAUCACCUUCCAGGCUCAGUUAGUGAUGGUGAUCCGCAAUGUAAAGGGUGAAGUGGUCGAGGGAGACCCGGACAAAGUGUUGAGGAUGAUGUAUGUUUGGGCUCUGUGUCGGGAUCAGGAAGAACUGAACCCUAACGCCGCCUGGAGACUCCUGGACAUUUCCGCUUCCAGCACUGAGCAGAUACUUUAAGUACUGCCUCUUUAAGACCACAAUAAAGGGGAGGGCGUGGCUCAACUGAGGGGGCGUGACCACACACAUCAGUUUCUUUUACAUAACCCCGCCCCCAUUGGUUUCUUCCAGAGCUCUUCCAGGAACCCUGACUAGACUGCAGGUUUGCUCUUGUUGAGCCAAAAUGGCCGCCGGUUGGACUCACGCCAUUGGACGGAUACUUAACUGUCGAAAAGACUAAAAGACUUUUUUUGUUUGUACCAUCUGUCCAGAAGGAUUACGUAACGUUGAGUGGUUAUCAAGUGCCAGUCUGCUAAAUUUAUCAGUAACAUGUUUAAUAAUGAUUAUAACAGAUGCAAUUUCUAUUAAAUCCCCUUAAAUCGAGAUACAAUCUGGAGUUGCUGCAGGCCGUCAGUGUGUCUAUAUUUAUUAAAGAUUUGCUCCCGUUUCAUCGGGUUGUGUAGUUUUAUCAAUGACGGAUUGUAUCUUUGAUGUUUGAGAGAGUUCAGCAGAUUGUUAGUUUAUUUUUAUUCAUUCACGUCUCUGUUAUUUGGGGCUAAAAAUAGCCAAAAUGGCUCCCUCUACAUUAAAUUGAGCUGGUUGAUUGUAGACCUGGAUUAUCCGAAAACGUGAAAUGUAAAAUAAAUUUAUUCCAUGCUUCAUUAUUCA